AUGGGGCUGGUAAAGUUAAAGCACCAUUUUAAGAGACAAACAAGGACAGGCACUUAUCAUCUUAUUCCACGGUUUAGAGACGAGGCAGCAUGUGAGUCAAGUCUGAGGAUCGAGCCAUUUUCACAAAUAAAAACUGAGCUCCAGGGGGAGGAGUUUGAGGAAGUCCCGCUUGAGGAGAGUCUCCAGGUUAUUGGAGAGAUGCCUGAGCUGGACUGCCCCACUCAGACUCAGACAGGUUAUGGAAAAAUUUACCUGAGCGAGCGUCCUGGGCCCGGGACCUCGCGCCGGGCUCACAGCGACUGGGCGCAGCGGCCGGGUCCGCUCCAAAGCCACGGGGUCUGGACCAGCGAUCGCCGCUCCCGGUUCACAGCCUCACAGGGCACCAGCCAAUCUCGAGCCCCAGGGGGCGGCCGCUCCGGAGGGGGGCAGUCCCGCGCUCGUUUCCCCAACAUGGCGGUUGCAAAGGAUGGUGGCGGUUUUGGCGGAGGAGCGGCAGGGAACGGGCGGCGGCUCCACCUAGGGAUUCCGGAGGCCGUGUUCGUGGAGGAUGUAGAUAAUUUCAUGAAGCAACCUGGGAAUGAGACUGCAGAUGUCGUACUAAAGAAACUGGAUGAACAAUACCAGAAGUAUAAAUUUAUGGAACUCAAUCUUGCCCAAAAGAAAAGAAGGCUUAAAAAUCAGAUUCCUGAAAUUAAGCAAACUUUAGAAAUUCUAAAAUACAUGCAGAAGAAAAAAGAGUCCACCAAUUCAAUGGAGACCAGAUUCUUACUGGCAGAUAACCUGUACUGCAAAGCUUCAGUGCCUCCUACUGAUAAAGUGUGUCUUUGGUUGGGGGCUAAUGUAAUGCUUGAAUAUGAUAUUGAUGAAGCUCAGGCACUGUUGGAAAAGAAUUUAUCAACUGCCACAAAGAAUCUUGAUUCUCUUGAGGAAGACCUUGAUUUUCUUCGAGAUCAAUUUACUACCACAGAAGUCAAUAUGGCCAGAGUUUAUAAUUGGGAUGUGAAAAGAAGAAACAAAGAUGAUCCUACCAAGAACAAAGCAUAAUGGUGGCAAUUAAAAUGUGGUUCAGUUUUCCAAACAUGUUUUAAAUACCCCUAAGUUUAUCCUUAAAGGUUGACGUAUGUCUGAGUGAUUUUUUAACAGCAAGAAUGAUAAUUAAAAUUUAAAAAAAGAUAAAAAUCAUUUUAUUUAUUUAUAAACAAAAUUAGUUCAUAUUUUUUAAAAUUAGCAGUAUUAUUUUUUUUCACAUUUUCAGCAAAAUAAAUGCUGCUUUUGUUAAGUUUUUGUCAUAAAAAAGUCUUAGCCGAAAUGGCCAAAAACUGUGAGAUAGCCUAUGGAAGCUGAAUUUUGAACACUUACCACAGUUUGCUUUUCUUUAUUGGCUGAUGUUACUCUCACCUGAUGUGGUUAAACCAGUUUAGAGGUGAGAAAACCAGUUUGGAUACUUGCAAACUUGUUUUCUUUACUACAUGAUGUGGGACUUUCUAGUCCUCUGUUGUCAUUACAUGUCUUGUGUAAAUAUUUCAUGAAUAACUGUUUAGCCAAUAAUUAUUUAUUACAAUAUUCUGUACUUUUUCAGGAAAUGCUAAUUUGGCUUCCUAAGCAGUAAGGAGGCUUUUGAGACAUUUUUUCUUACUCCAUAUAAAUGCAUGGUGUCUUUGCAAUGCCAACAUAAGGAAGAUCUCAGCCAACAUGAAAUAUCAAAGUUACUCUUAGCUAAAGUAUUUCUUCACAGUUCUCCAAAGCAGCUAAACAGGAAUAAUAAGAUAAAUAUAGAUCUGCCAUGGUUGAAAAUUGUGAGCUUUCUUAUUCAUGACAACCUCAUAGGAAUAGAAAAAGAAUCCCUGUGGAAAAUAUUUGGUAUAAUGGAUAAUACUGGGUGAUACAUAUUCUGCUAAGAACACAAAUGUAUUAUUCCAUCUUCGUGUAGUAAAAAUUAUACUUGUACAAUGUUUUGUACUUGUAGUUCAUGAUAUUAAAACAGUUAAAUUAAAACUGUGGCAUGGCACAUUUUUUUCAUGUUAUUCUUCAUUAAUAUGGUUUUUUUCA